AUGCCGAUGACCUGGGAUUCCACCGCGGAUGCGAAGCUCCUUCUCGCCAUCCUCGAUCAGAUGCGUACCUCCCAGAUGAAGCUCGACUACAAGGAGAUCGCAGCCUACAUGGGCCCAGCCGAGGGGGAUGAGAAGCCUGUUCCUGCGCCUCCAAAGCGGAAGCCUGGUCGUCCUCCCAAAGCUGCCAAGAAGGUCAAGGCGGAAGAGGAUGAGGAGUGA